AUGGAGGAAUUUGUGACCACGACGCAUUUAUACGUGCGCCAACCUCCACACACGCCAAGAGUCUUCGGCCGGCAAGGUUCAAACUCACAACCCAAAGAUAGCGAAUCCACCGCCCUUCCAACCAAGUUAUCCCAGCCUCUCAGUAGUCCCUUCCAACCAAGCUAUCCCAGCCUCUCAGUAGUUGGAACAAUUUACAUCUGUCAGCGUUGCAAAAUGGUAGAAACUAAUAGAUGGCGACAGUUCCUUGUUCUGCUGUACAAAGGAUUGCUUCUCCGGAAGCGUCAUUUUAUCGUGACGUUCUUCGAAACAAUCUUCCCUAUUCUCAUUGCCUCCAUACCUUGCAUGAUUAAAUCAGAAAAAUCCAUUUCAUACAUGGAGAAAGAUUCUAACGAGUCCCAUUGGAUUAAUCAGACUACGUAUCCUGCAUUUGAUCCGUACACGAUCGCCGAAAGAACCCAUAACCUCACAACUCCGAAAGGUUUUGAUACAGAAGAAGAGAUGGUGAAUUAUUACGUCCAUCAAAAAGGAGACAACGUUGAUUACCUUACGAUUGGAACAGUUCUGAGAAAUUUUCAGAAUGUUUUCCCUACAUCUUUGACUUAUAAGAUUCGAUAUGGCGGUGGCUAUUCUGGGCCAAAGUUUUCAACGAAUAUGAAGUACAGAGUGAAGGGCCCUCAUGACAAAAACGAUUACCUUACAACCUACUUUCUUGCUUGGCAGUCGGCGAUAGAGGAAACAUUCAUCCAAAGGAAGGCUACGGAGCAUGGUAAAGUCACAGAACUAAAGAAUUUUAAAAUCUGGAUGCGGAAGUUUCCUUAUCCCCAGCGCAAAGAUACCCAGAUUAUUGUAACCUUAACUGUUAUUACCCCAUGGGUAUUGUCUUUCGGAUAUUUAAUUUUCGUCAUGAACAUGGUGAGAAGAAUUAUUGAAGAGAAAACUACUAGGUCUAAAGAACUUCUAAAAAUGAUGGGAAUGACAGACUUCACAUAUUGGGCAAGCACGUUUGCAAACUACUUUCUUUGUGGCUUCAUCACCAUCUUCAUUAUCGCGAUCCUUUUUAAAAUCCCCUUUAAAAAUGCAACUGCUUUUGUGGAGAAUACGGACUUCUUACUGCUGCUCAUCAUUCUGGUGAUGUUCAUGGUCAGCCUCACAUUGUCCUGCAUGGCACUGAGUGUGCUUUUCAAUCGAGCUUAUUUUGGUGUUACUGCAUUACUGCUGAUCUAUGUCCCUGCUUGUUCGCUUCUGACAACAAAAUUCUUCUUAUCGGAUGCCAGUCAAACAAACUAUUUCCUCUUACCCACUGCUUACAAAGUAGCUAUUUGUUUACUUCCCCAAGGUGGUUUGAUUACUGCUUUUAAUAUCAUAUCAGCUUAUGAAGCAGGGGGUGAAGGAGUUCAUUGGAACAAUUUAACCGAGUUUUUGAUCGCGCCCAACAUAAACAUGCAAAGGAUUAUAUUAAUAAUGUUGCUCUCUUGCAUUAUUUAUAUCAUCAUUAUUUGGUACGUCGGCGCAGUCUGGCCAUGGCAACCUGGCGUGCCCAAGCCGUUCUAUUUCUUCUUACUGGGUUGCUGGCGACGUAAACGUGGAAAAGAAGGCGUGGAAGAGAGCGAUUUCAUUGAAAAGAAACACAGUUCCGAAUUUUUUGAGGAAGAACCAACCGAUCUCCCCAAAGGGAUCGUCAUAAAGAAUUUGUCGAAGAAAUUCCAUACGGGUCUUACUUCGAAGCUGGCAGUGAAUAAUGUAUCAUUGAAUGUGUACGAAGGGCAAAUCACGGUACUUCUUGGUCACAACGGAGCUGGAAAAACUACUACUAUCAAUAUGCUUACAGGCAUUCACGCUCCAACCAGUGGUUCAGCUUUAGUAAAUAAUUUAGAUAUCCUAAAAGAAAAAAGCAAAAUACGAAGAAGUCUUGGCGUGUGUCCUCAGCAUAAUGUUUUGUUUGAUACAAUUACAGUGGAAGAACAUUUGAGAAUUUAUGCUGCUAUGAAAGGAACACCUUGGAAGAAUAUUCAAUCUGAGGUGAAUCCAGUGUUGGAUAUCCUGAAACUGACUCACAAAAGAAAAGUUCUGGCGAAAAAUUUAUCGAUUGGAAUGAAGAAGAAAUUAAAUCUCGGCAUGGCACUAGUCGGUGGAUCAAAAAUAUUAUUACUGGACGAACCAACUGUUUUCAUGGACGUGGAAGUGAAAAGAAGUGUGUGGAAUGCCUUAAUGGAGUUAAAACAGGAGCGUACCAUCAUUUUGACCACCAACCAAAUGGAGGAGGCGGACGCAGUAGCCGAUCGCAUUGCCAUCAUAGCAGGUGGAGAGCUACAGUGUUACGGGUCGCCUAUGUUUCUCAAAAGCAAAUUCGGUAUUGGAUACCAACUACAUAUCGUGAAAGAUGAAAGUUUGAAAAAUAUAUCCUCACUCGUCACAAAAAACAUCCCCGAAGCCAUAGUCACGAACGAAACAGCUGAAGAAGUUUCUUUCCACCUCACCGAGACCACCGAAAGUGAGUUCGCAAAUUUAUUUGAAAAGUUGGAAGAAAAAAAAGUGAAAUUUGGAGUAACAGUUACAACCAUGGAGGAUGUUUUCUUAAAAAUUGCUGAAAUUUCGGGUAAAAAGUACGGGCAUGUCGACGAAGAAGUUGAAAAUGUAGAAACUGAAGAUGUCUACGGCGAUUCAUCUACUGUGAAGCUGAAUGAACAUCCAUUGCGUCCUUAUCUUCUGUCUUUUUCCGCUUUGUUGCUGAAACGCUUCCAAUAUUUCAAGCGACACUGGAGCGUCCUCGUCGCCCAGCUUGCUCUUCCGUUCAUUCUAAUGUGUUUCUGUCUUUCCAUGAUACGGAGUAAUAUUUCCAAGUUCGCCACUGACUACGAUCCCUUGAAACUUGAUAUCAGCUCUGUUUACGGCGACACCGACGGAUUCUAUUACGGCGAGAAGCCAGGAACUGCUGCUCUUACAAAGGCAUACAAAAAUGUUUUCAUUUCAAAUAAUAUUAGACUGGAAAAUGUUUCCGACCCUGUAAAGUAUGUGCUGGAUUACGGCAAAGGAGACAUAGCUAAGUACCUUAAAAGACUGAUGGUAGGUGGGACGAUCGAUGAAGAUUCCAAUCGUAAUUUGAACCUCACCGCCUGGUUUAAUGGAGAACCCUACCACGCGGCACCAUUAUCUCUCAUACUGAUGCACACCGCUCUAUUGCUAAAAGUGACGAACAGUGGAGUAAUCGAUUUGACCAAUGCACCCCUUCCGGAAAGAAACUGGGUUACUUUUGAAGCUCCCGCCGCACCCAGGGUUGUCGCUGCGGUGUUCGUUCCCUUGACUUUUGCCUUCCUGACAGCCAGCUUCGCUUUAUUGCCGAUUCAUGAGAGAGCAACCAAGGCAAAAUUGCUGCAACUUAUGUGUGGAGUGCCGAGCGCCUUGUACUGGAGUGCGAUGUUCUUCUGGGAUUUUAUGAUACACUGUGUUGUCUGUCUGUUGUUGAUAAUACCUUAUGCUAUCUUCGUGCACUACGCUUUCUUUGGAAUACAUUCGAAUGCCAUAGGUACAGCUUUUCUACUGAUGUUGCUUUACGGCGUGUCCGCCAUACCUUUCAGCUAUCUGUGUUCGCUUUUGUUUAGGAAAGGAAAUUCCGGCUUCUUUGCUGUUAUAGGAAUUUGCAUAAUUAUCGGUUCCAUUUCCAUAGUGAUGAUCACACUACUCGUUUCAGAAAAUCCUACUCAAGACAAUAUUAAAGUAGACAAAACAAACUGGGCUUUCCGUGUCUUCCCAAUGUUCAGCUUGACCAUAGGAAUGUCAAAUCUUCAUGGACUUGCUUUCGAUAAUGCUCUGUGUGAAAGCUUGUCUCCUGAAGUUCUUGCAAUGAGCUGCAAUCAGUCUACCAUCGACAGUAGAAAUCCCGUUUUUGGAUGUUGCGAAGACAUUUGCAAGAACAAAUGCAAGAAAUUUAAACCACUUAUUACAUGGGACAGAAAUGCCUGCGGCCGUGACGUAUUUGCCCUUGCUAUAGCUGGGCUCGCCUAUUUAGCCAUCCUGUUUUUAGUAGAGUAUUUUGUAAAUAGCUACAUUUUCCGUGCCAUUAGGUAUAAGGUAAGUGAACUAUAUGUGGACAAGUAUUUGCCAAGGGACAUCGUCGAGGAUUCUGAUGUUCUCCAAGAAGAAGAAAGGGUGCAUAACUUGAUUGUGGAGAAGUCAGGCUCUGGCGAAGAAGCAUUGUCAGUGCGCGUGCUGACGAAAGUGUUCAAACCGUGCUGUGCCGUUAAUCAGUUAUCGUUCAGUAUACGCAAGCAGGAGUGCUUCGGUCUUCUCGGUGUGAACGGAGCCGGCAAAACGACUUCUUUCAGGAUGCUGACGGGAGACAUCCAACCAUCGAAGGGAAAUGCGUACAUAGAGGAAGUUUCGUUGAGGAAGAAUUUGAAAGAGUUCCAGUCGCGUCUCGGUUAUUGCCCGCAGACUGACGCACUGAUUGACCGUCUCACUGGCAGAGAGAUGCUGUCCCUCUUCGGCCGCCUCAGGGGCCUCAGUGAGUCCGACGUGGAGACGAAAGUAAACAAACUGAUACAGACAAUCGAUCUGGUUGACGACGCCGAUAAAGAGACUCAGUUUUACAGUGGUGGAAACAAGAGAAAAUUGUCCUUUGCUAUUGCUCUGAUUGGAUCACCGCCGGUGAUUUUAUUAGAUGAGCCCACAGCUGGUGUAGAUCCCAUUUCUCGAAGAAAAAUGUGGAACAUUGUCUCCUUAAUUCGGAGUAAGCCGGAUGCUGCGAUCUUACUGACUACUCAAAGCAUAAAAGAAUGUGAGGAGCUGUGCGGCCGGCUCGGUAUCAUGGUAAAUGGUCGUCUUCGGUGCCUCGGUUCCACUCGGCGAUUGAAGAGCAAGUUCGGCCAAGGAUACACACUCAUAAUUAAAGUGAAAAGCAAAAACCAGAAAGAUGUGGAGUUCAUCAAGGAAAUCAAAACGUAUAUUGACUCCAACCUGAAUGGAGCAAAGUUGAAGGACGAAUAUCAGGGUAUAUUACAGUAUCAUGUGAUAAAUCCAUCUAUUACCUUGAGCCACCUCUUCAAAUUUAUGUCAGGGAUGAAAGAAGAAUACGAUUUAGAGGAAUAUCUGAUCAGUGAUACAUCGCUGGAGCAAGUAUUUUUGGCACUUGCGCGUAUACAGAGAGAUCGUUACGAAAAACACUAA